AUGGCCGGCAAUCACAGCACCAACGCCACACUCUCACCUUCCUCCCCACCUGCUACCGCCUCCUCUCCCUCCUCUCCUUCCACUUCACUCGCCUACGCCGCCACGCCAGUGCUUUCUCUCGGUGACCUCAACGGGCUGUCCCUCGCCGGUCUGCCCUUUGACAUGCUCUCCCCGCACCCGCCCUUCCGCCUUUCCUGUGUGGAUCUGUGGAUGCCACCGCCACCAGUGGAGGGCUUCGUCACUGGAUUCAUUGACACGUUUCUGGGCGGGGACUAUGCGGCCGUGCACCUGAGGAGGUCUGACUUCUCUCGGGUGUACCACCACGCGCACCAGACCAAGAGCCAUCCCGCCUUCCUGCCCAUCGUAGCCGUGGGGCGGUUCAUCAUGAGGCGUCUGGCCAAUCGCAGCGUGACAGCUGUCUACCUCGCCACGGACGCCAGCCAGUACGAGGUGGAGCUGCUGGAGAGGCUUCUCAUGGGCAUGGCGCCCGGCAGCCCCCUCAUUGUGGUGCGUCUGCCAGCUUUCGGCGCAAGCUCCGAUGAGUACCAGCGCUUCCCGUGGGUUAAGGCAUUUCAUGAAGCUGAGAGGGACAUGGAGGGUGGAUCGAACACCAAUGGCAUUGCAAGAGCUCUUGCCGAGAAGCACAUAUGUGCCAGAGCAAAGCAUUUUAUUGGCACUCCGUACUCGUCCUAUUCCAAGGAUAUCUUUCGCAUGCGAGAGGUGCAAGGUCUGGCAUCAUGUGCAGAUGCUUAUAUCGAAGCGAUUUGA